AUGAGCGAGGCAUUUCCGUUGCAAGUACUCCGUGCGUCGUACCUGUUUCCGACCGAGGUUCACAGAAACGAGCUCCAGGCCUCUAUUGGUGGCCUCAACGUUCAUUCGCAGGCACAUGCUUCCUCCUCUGCAAACAUCCAUCACCCGGAACCAUUGAGAGUUUCCCUCCAAUUUCAAAUUUCCCAAUUCCAUGUUAACCCCCCCAUGUCAAAUUGUAAGUACUUCUGCACUAAGGUCAGAUCCAUGUCCAAGGGGACCAAGACGAUCUCGCCUAGUUUCAAUGUUUUCUUCACCUUGCGCCACGGAUCAGGAUAUCUACUCGCUCCAUUGCCUCAGGUAGUAGCAUUCAGAAAUAACGCAUUCUUCCCCGCUCUGAACAGCUGCUCGUCUCCCUCGCGAUGCGAAGUUUGGCAGCGCAUCCGCGGCGUAGCCCGCGCACACGGCCUGCGGCCGGAAGGCCCCUCCGCUGUUAGCCGUCUGAGAGACGCCAAGUUCGACCCCGCCAGUUCAUGGCUAGAACGGCGUGAAAAGGCUCAGGUAUACAAUCAGAAAACGCACCAGUGGUGGAUUGGAAAGGACCUUAGUGGUUGUGUGCUUAAUCCCUCUCUCAUCGUUAUCGUGGUCACCGAAGAAGACGAAGCCAGCGUGCUUGGCUGUGAGGGCAAUUCGAUCAACUUGAGCCUUGAUCUUCAAGACCUUGUCCUUGGGUUGAGUGUCUUCUGA